CUGUCAGUCAGCGGCGGCGUGGAGAGCAGCGGCGACGCGCCGGGAGCUGAGUUUAUUAAGAUGGAAUUCCAAGCAGUAGUGAUGGCAGCUGGUGGGGGAUCACGGAUGACAGACCUGACUUCCAGCAUUCCCAAGCCUCUUCUUCCAGUUGGGAACAAACCUUUAAUUUGGUAUCCAUUGAAUCUGCUUGAGCGUGUUGGAUUUGAAGAAGUUAUUGUGCUUACAACCAAGGAUGUCCAAAAGGCUGUGUGUUCAGAAUUUAAGAUGAAAAUGAAGCUAGAUAUUGUGUGUAUUCCUGAUGAAGCUGACAUGGGUACGGGUACUGCAGAUUCUCUACGCUACAUAUAUCCAAAACUUAAGACAGAUGUCCUGGUACUCAGCUGUGAUCUAAUAACAGAUGUUGCCUUACAUGAGGUUGUGGACCUGUUCAGAGCUCAUGAUGCAUCACUUGCCAUGUUAAUGAGAAAAGGACAAGAUAUCUUAGACCCAGUUCCAGGUCAAAAGGGGAAAAAAAAGACAGUAGAGCAGCGUGACUUCAUUGGAGUCGACAGCACAGGAAAGAGGCUGCUCUUUAUGGCUAAUGAAGCAGACUUGGAUGAAGAGUUGGUCAUUAAGGCAUCCAUCCUACAGAAGCACCCUAGGAUACACUUCCAUACAGGCCUGGUAGAUGCCCAUCUCUACUGCUUGAAAAAAUAUGUUGUGGAUUUCCUAAUGGAAAAUAGGUCAAUUACUUCUAUCCGGAGUGAACUGAUUCCAUAUUUAGUAAGGAAACAGUUUUCCUCCAUUUCCUCACAACAGAGGCAAGAAGAAAAAGAGGAAGAUGUAAAGAAAAAGGAGCUGAAGUCCUUAGAUAUUUAUAGUUUUAUAAAAGAACCCAAUACACUCACCUUGGCUCCCUAUGAUGCUUGCUGGAAUGCUUGUCGAGGAGACCGGUGGGAAGACUUGUCUAGAUCACAGGUGCGCUGCUAUGUCCACAUCAUGAAAGCAGGACUCUGCUCUCGAGUGAGUACACUAGGACUCUACAUGGAAGCAAACAAACAGGUGCCCAAACUGCUGCCUGUUCUUUGUCCAGAAGAAUCACUGGUCCAUUCAUCAGCCCAAAUUGUCAACAAACACCUGGUUGGAGUUGACAGCCUCAUUGGACCAGAUACACAGGUUGGAGAGAAGUCAUCCAUUAAACGCUCAGUUAUUGGUUCAUCCUGUCUCAUAAGAGAUAGAGUGACUAUUACCAAUUGUAUUCUCAUGAAUGCAGUCACCGUGGAAGAAGGAAGCAACAUCCAGGGCAGCGUCAUCUGUAACAAUGUGGUGAUUGAGAAGGGUGCAGACAUCAAGGACUGUUUGGUUGGAAGUGGUCAGAGGAUUGAAGCCAAAGCUAAACGGAUAAAUGAAGUAAUUGUGGGGAAUGACCAACUCAUGGAGAUCUGAAAUCUGAACAAGUUAGACUCUCCUUCAUUUAGCCCCCAAAACUACAGCUGUUGGCUGGCCCACCUGUUCGACUCUGUAUUUAUUUUCCAAUAAAGACUUCCAAAG